AUGAGAUCAGAAGUUACUAAUGAAGAUUGUUCAAAUGACAAAUGGUCAUUUAAUGAGACAAAUACAAGUAGUAAAAAUUUACGUAAAACAACGAAAAAAAUUGAAAGACAUAAUUUAAAAAAAAUUAAAAAAACAACAACAUCAUCAAAAGUUAGUACACCAAGGGAAAAAACUCUCAGGAGACUUGAAAGUAAUGAAAGAGAACGUAUGAGAAUGCACAGUCUCAAUAAUGCAUUUCAGAGUUUGCGUGAAGUUAUACCACAUGUUAGUAAAGAACGUCGUUUAUCAAAAAUUGAAACAUUGACAUUGGCUAAAAAUUAUAUUGUUGCAUUGACUGAUGUUAUAUGUGCAAUGAGAAAUGAUGAUAAUCAAAAAACUGAUACACAAAUUAAUAUUAUUAAAAACAACGAAAAAAAUGAUAAUAAUUGUUUAAUUAAUACACCAAAUUCAUCAAGAUCAACAACUCCAAUAAUUAAUAAUUAUUGUGAGACUGAAAGUAAAAUUAUUUAG